AAUUGGGUGAUUCAAACCCUAAUUUUACUAUUUCCGAUGCUGAAUCGGUUGUAAUUUUUGAAUUUUUAAGCUUAAAUUUGAUCUCCGAUCGGUGAGGAAAAUGCCGUCGAACGCAGAUGUAGAUCGGCAGAUCGAGCAAUUGAUGGAAUGUAAGCCGUUACCGGAAGCGGAGGUGAAGACGUUGUGUGAGCAAGCGAGGGCUAUACUUGUGGAGGAAUGGAAUGUGCAGCCGGUGAAAUGUCCGGUCACAGUUUGUGGUGAUAUUCAUGGGCAGUUUUAUGAUCUGAUUGAGCUUUUUCGGAUUGGUGGAAAUGCGCCGGAUACGAAUUAUCUCUUCAUGGGAGAUUAUGUUGACCGCGGGUACUAUUCAGUGGAGACUGUCUCACUCUUGGUUGCUCUGAAGGUCCGUUAUAGAGAUAGAAUCACAAUUCUUAGGGGUAACCAUGAAAGCCGACAAAUCACUCAGGUGUAUGGUUUUUAUGAUGAAUGCUUGAGGAAGUACGGAAAUGCCAAUGUUUGGAAGUAUUUCACUGAUCUUUUUGAUUAUCUACCACUGACAGCACUAAUUGAGAGUCAGGUAUUCUGUUUACAUGGAGGACUCUCGCCUUCUUUGGAUACACUGGAUAACAUACGAUCAUUGGACCGUAUACAAGAGGUUCCACAUGAAGGACCAAUGUGCGAUCUUCUGUGGUCCGAUCCAGAUGAUCGAUGUGGUUGGGGAAUUUCACCCCGAGGGGCUGGUUACACCUUUGGACAGGAUAUAGCAUCUCAGUUCAACCACACCAAUGGACUCACUCUGAUUUCUAGAGCCCAUCAGCUUGUCAUGGAGGGUUUUAAUUGGUGUCAGGAAAAGAAUGUUGUGACAGUAUUUAGUGCUCCAAACUAUUGUUAUCGGUGUGGUAACAUGGCUGCAAUUCUAGAAAUAGGCGAAAACAUGGAGCAGAAUUUCCUUCAGUUUGACCCAGCUCCACGUCAGACAGAGCCCGACACCACAAGGAAGACUCCUGAUUACUUCUUGUGAUUCCAAUGGUUGCACUAGUUGUUUGUAGCUCAUCGAUGUCGUAUUGCUGUAGAUGUGUCUUAAAAAGAGGAGUUUUGUCAUUCUUUUGUUUGGAGGUCGUUCUGCAGUUGACUUUGAAUAUAUGUACCUUCUGAGAGUUGAGAAGAGGCACUGAAGGUCUGUCAUGUAUAUUGUUUUCUUAAGGGAGCAGCAUUAACAUGGUGCAUUGUGUCCUAUAAUUUUGUGCUAGAAACCCAAGUCUUUUGUCAGUAAUCAACUAGGUUCCACUAAA